AAUUCUUUCGACUUGUUCAUUCGCUGAUAUGACAUCAUAUGCAAUAUAUCUUGUUUUACUCGCUUCCAUUGUUGUCACCGACGGACAGGGUUCCGAAACAUCCAAUGAUGUAGAACACAUGGGAUCGUUUUAUACGAGUGGAAAUAACAUUAGUCCUAAUGCUACCGCAACAGGCAGUGGGAGCAAUGUUACC